AUGGGGCUUUGUGCCGAGCAAGAUACUGACCUCCUAGCUUCAUUCAGAUCAGUCAUCAUGAACGAGAAAGAUGGUGUCAGCGCCGAUAUGAUCCAAGUCAGAGCCGGCAAUGAAGACCAGAAUAUAUCACCAAUUCAUUUUAACGUUCUUCACGACGAAUUCCAGCCUGCCGAUGAUAUCGCCAAGGCGCGGGCAUCGGAGACAAUCGAAGAGAUGGUCUCUCCACAUGGCCUUACCCUUGUACGGCUUUUCUUCAAACAUGUCCAUCCAGUAUACUGUGUUGUAUCCAAGACCCGAUUUCUCCAGGCGUACGCAUCAAACAAGCGGCAAAUUCCCGCCUCGUUACGUGGAGCUGUUUACGGUCUAGCUUCGAUGUUUUGGAAGCACAAACCCGCCCAAGAUGGGCCUUUGCAGUUUGACCUGCACGACUUAUUCCAGGAAGCUCAUUCGUCACUUCAAAGAGAGUUUCAUGCCCCUAAUCUUUGGAAACUUCAAGCUUGUCUCUUGCUGCUGUAUGAAAGACCUGCGGACAAUGCGACGAUUGAAACACCUUGCACAUGGGUCUUCUCAGCCCACACCGUGGCAUGUUCACAAAUGAUAGGCUUGCAUAGAGACCCUGCCUUCUGGCAAAUUGCUCCAUGGGAGAAAAGUCUUCGUAGGAGACUAUGGUGGUCUACUUACGUCGCUGAUAUCUGGUCGUCUAUCUGCCAUGGAAACCCACCCCUCAUCUAUAAUGAGUCGUUUACAACAGCUCCACCUAGUAUUGAUGAUUUAGCAUUCGAUGAGGACGUCCCGGAAGAGAUGCGAUAUAUGGUUGAUGAAUCAAGUAGUGAUGUGGACAUCUCUACCAGCGCGCGGUUCUUACAGAUGGUCAAUCUCAGCCGGAUAUUGCAUGAUUUAGUUGGUUCAUUCUAUACUGACGUCGGCUACGAAAAGACAAUGUCAAAUGCCGUGGAGCGGGAGAAAGAGCUGUUAAAUAUCAAGAAAAAGCUGGAGAACUGGGUCUCGAUGAUCCCUCAGUGUGUAACAAUGCAGCGCUCACAAGGCUUUCCAGCCUUUAGAAACAACGCGCCCUUGCACCUGGCCUUCUUCGCUAUACAGGCUCUUCUAUAUCGGGCGUUGAUGAGCCCCGCCAAGACGCGUGUCAAAUCAGAUCCUACUUCUUCGCUACGCCGCUAUUUUGACCAGGCUGUUGAUGAGUUUCAAGCUUUCACACAUUUCAUGAAUGACAUUAACAUGCCAUGCCUGCAUGCUUUUUGGGGUGGUCACGCACGUUCGCAAUUGACGCUAUGUGGAAACUUCUUGAUAUACCUCUUUCUUCUGGCUUCGACGCCUGAGCAGGUCCAUAGUGCAUUUGAACUUCUAGAAAGAUUCCAUGAAUCUCUCCAAAGACUGCGAGAGUGGGCAGAUGACGAUGCAUCCCUUGCACUUGUUCGACCUGUUGCCUUGCGAAUCGAUUCAUUUUUCAUCCAGGCGGCACGUAUCAUGAGAAAUGGAAUGGGGCCGCAAUCCCAUGUAGGGCCACUUCCAUAG